UUACCGCGUUAAUUCACGUCUUGAAACCAAACAAACUCCAUCAUGUCCCUUUCCUCGGUGGGAAAUUUGUGACCGUCUAAUCGUAAAGAUGUCAUGAUUCAUUCCAUGCAUGACAUGCAUAGACGUCCAUAAUUCCCUCGUCUCAAAUUUAAAAGAUUAAAAAGAACAAGUCACCCAAGUUAGCUAACCCUUGAUUCCACUGAAGGCCAUUAAUUCUUUCUAGACUCCAACACCUGAUCACCACAACAGCACAACGCGCUUUACCCAUAAAAAUUCCAUGGCAUAUCCAUGAAAUAACCACAUUUUUAAUUAUGUUGUAUGUAGCUUAUUGUCUUUUUAUACCCACCUGCAAUAAACUGGCAUUACCUCGCUAUAAGAUAGAGGAUUUCAGAGGCCCAAAUGAUAAGGAGGGAACUUUUUUCCGGCAAUCUGCGUUUUACCGUCGUUUCACCAACCAAGGGAUCGGAUAAUGGUGAAUGGAAUAAUCAAACAGAUUAUGGUUUAUUCCAAAAUGUUUAGGGUUGGGCGAUCUCCCGUUGCCGUUGAUUAGCUGUUUUUUUAUCAGCAAUCUCCUUCGUUUCCCUCCUUUCUGAACUCGUCUUUGAAGUCCUAGAGUCUACAAAAAUGGCACCUUCUGCUAGCCGGCAAGGAUGCGCGAUAACUGGGCUAAUAGGCAUAGCUAGUCCGAGGAGAGAUUUAACGAGGAUCGAGAAGAAACCUCGGCAGCAGGAGGUAUGGGGAUUGUCUAUAGAAGGAGGUGGAUCAAUAAUCCAUUCGAAAACAAGGCAGCAUCGUCAAAGAUCGUUAGCAGUUCAGAUAAUUGGGCAUCCACCAAGUCCAAUUGUUGAUAGGAGACACCAACAAUCUGGUAAUUGUAACAAGAAGGGAUUAAUACGACGUAGCAGUUCCAUAAUGUCUGCAUUGGCACUAGUAGACGAGAAUGAUUCAUCAACAAUCCCAGUCCACCACCAACCACCCUCUCCAUUCAGAUUUUUGAGGAGUCCGGGUUCUAGGAUCUUAGGUUUCUGGAAUAAUUAAGCAAGCUAAGGGAAUUCAAACAUACCUCAACCAAAGAAAUGUGUUAUUUAUGCUGUACAAUUUCGAUUUCUGAACCUAUUUAUUCAAGAGGUGUUAACCAGCAGAAAAUCCGAGGCCAAAUCGAAGAACCGAUUUCUUCAAACAAGAUUUUCUGCUCAUUCAAUGUUUGAGCUGACUACUUCAAGAGGUUUUGUGCUUUAAAAUGGCUGCUGAAAUAUGGCCUGUGCAGUAAGGAGGGUUAGUAUAGUAAGAAAACACUCUUGAAUAUUGCCAAUCCUACCUCAAGUGUUGACGUGUGUAGGUGGACUGGUUAAUCAGCGAGAGAUGAUGGUUCAGUAGGGUCUUUUUUCUUACCAAGGAAUCCCUAGUAGGGGUCAAAAAAUAUUGUCAAAAAUACGAGAAAAGUACAAGGUUGAGAGAUUUCGUAGAGAAGUAUGUUUUCUGGGUGUUUAAUUACAAAGUAUGAUCAAUUGGUCAUGCUGUACUGAUUAUCUCCUUAGAAAAAAUACUUAGCUUGCGGUUCUAUGUUUUUUGUGUGAGUGAAGACAUUCAUUGU